CGGGGCCUUCGUCACGCGCAGCCCCGCCCCUGGGUCUCCGGGAGGCGGCAACCGCUUCUCCUUGUCUCUUCCCGGUUGUCGGGGACUGCCUCACCUCAGUUCUCGGUGACCAUGGGGGACCCCAGCAAGCAGGACAUCCUGGCCAUCUUCAAGCGCCUGCGCUCGGUGCCCACUAACAAGGUGUGUUUUGACUGCGGGGCCAAAAAUCCCAGCUGGGCAAGCAUAACCUACGGGGUGUUUCUUUGCAUCGACUGUUCAGGGUCACACCGGUCACUUGGUGUUCACUUGAGUUUUAUUCGAUCCACAGAGCUGGAUUCGAACUGGUCUUGGUUUCAGCUUCGAUGCAUGCAAGUUGGCGGGAACUCGAAUGCUUCUUCCUUCUUCCACCAACACGGGUGUGCUACCAAUGACACCAACGCCAAGUACAACAGCCGUGCGGCUCAGCUCUACAGGGAGAAAGUCAAGUCUCUGGCCACGCAGGACCCGAAACACGGCACUGACCUGUGGCUCGACAGCUGUGCAGCUCCACCUGUGUCUCCUCCCCCAAAGGAGGAGGAUUUUUUUGCUGCUCACGUCUCUCAGGAGGUCACUGGUACCGUGCAGGCAUCGGCACAGCCGGAACCAGCUGCUGUAACACCGUGGGCCGUGGAAACCACUCCAGAAAAGGAUGAAGGUGGACCAGAACAAGGGCCAAGUGUGGAAGGUCUGAACGCCCCAGGGAAGGCUGCAGUAGAAGUUUCAUCUAUUAUAAAAAAGAAACCAAAUCAAGCAAAAAAAGGAGCUUGGGACAUGCCAAAGGAAAAUGGCAUAGCGUGUCGAGCACCAAGCCAGAUGGAGACGAAGCUGAAGCGAAACACUCUUCUAGGAGGGUCUCAGGAUCACGGAAAACUGCGGGUAACUGACGGGCUGCGGCUCUCGACACUGUCAGUGGAGCGCGCGCUACAUAUGUUCGGCUUCUUCGAGCUGCUGGCGGCUCGCUUCAAUAAACUGUAUCGACAUAAUGCUUUGGGGAAAGCGUAUUCGGCAGAGCCUGGUCUCUCCCACGACAGUGGCAUCACAGGAGAAUCCACCAGCCGCGAAUGCGAUUUUCCCUUGCUCAGGGCCAUCAUUGCGGCAAAUUAUGAAGGGCAACUCCUUGAGUUACACUCUAUGCUCCAUGGCUUGACAGAUGAGAGAUGGUACGACAAGCGCAAUAACGCAAUAGGGGUCACUGAGAGAAUAGACGUUAGCCACCGAAUACGCCGAAGAAGUCGUCCGUUCUGUGUGGAAUACUAUCAGAGGAGGACAGAGCUGAAAGGGAAUUCACGUCUCCGCUCUGCCUGUGGUUUUAAUGUAGGAGUGUGGUUUAAAGCUGAACUAGUGAGCGUGUGCUUUUCCAGCAGUGUUUCGUCGUUACGAUUGGCCUACAAGGAUCUUGACAUUCACAUGAAGAAGGAUGAAAAACUGAACCUGAGUGGCCAGAAGAAGGUGGAAGCCGAGAGGCUGGGCAUGGGCUUUGGAAGCUGCCGGAGUGGCAUCUCCCAUUCUGUGACUUCAGACAUGCAGACCAUCGAGCAGGAGUCACCUACACUGGCAAAGCCAAGGAGGAAGUACCAAGAAGACCCAGAGGAGUCAUACUUCACCUCCAGCUCCAGGUACUUUGACGACCCCAUGGAGUUAAGAGGUAGUUCCUUUUCCAGCUGGGACGACAGUGCCGAUUCCUACUGGAAGAAAGACAGCAGCAGAGAGCCUGAGCCUGCCAUGAAAAGCACAGGCUCUUCGGACAGACCCAGUGCUCGCCGGAAGCCGGAUUAUGAGCCCGUUGACAAUACGGAUGAAGCCCAGAAGAAGUUUGGCAACGUCAAGGCCAUUUCUUCAGACAUGUACUUUGGAAGACAAGCCCAGGCAGAUUUUGAGACCCGGGCGCGGUUAGAGCGGCUCUCUACCAGCUCCUCCAUAAGCUCCGCAGACCUUUUCGAUGAGCAGAGGAAGCAGGCAGCAGGAAACUACAACCUCUCGAACGUGCUGCCCAACGCCCCGGACAUGGCACAGUUCAAGCAAGGCGUGCGAUCCGUUGCUGGAAAACUCUCUGUCUUUGCCAACGGGGUCAUGACGUCCAUUCAGGAUCGCUAUGGCUCUUAAUCCUGGUGCCGGGCUGUGUCCCACCUGGUACAACUUCACUUCAGAUGGACCUGGGACCACAUCCAGCUGCACUGGAGCCUCGGCUGCUGUGCAGGCAGGUUCUACUGGUUGGCAAGGCCCCUGCACCCUUCCGAUUCUUCACAUUUCCUUUGACGCCUCCCAUUUCUGUGUAGCGGGGCUUUGCUUUCGUUUCUGAUGAGUGCCCUGUGUCGGUCAGCAUGCCCUUGCUUUAUCUUUGUGGAAUCUUCAGUUCUGAGAGCUGGAAACCUGAGCUGCCAGCUCCUCCCACCUCUCCCUGGACUGGGAGCCUUCACCUGGGGCCCAGCAGAGUCUCCAUGGACUGUGGGCUCAGGGCUGCCAGAGCUAGCUGGUGCUGGAUGGGCCAGGGAAAUAAAGCCACAGCACACACUUCUCUCUGCAAAGGAGCAAACCACCAAAACAAGAUCAGAGGUGCCCAGCCACUCCCAGCCAGAUCACUUCCUGGGCGCCCCCACACAAUGGGAGAUUUCAAACAACACUUCAAGCCAUCUGUCACUUUGUAAAUUAAUUUGUACAUCCUCUACACUUAAAAAUGUUUCCCAGUCAGUUCUUUUAACAAACCUGAGCUUCCACGGUGCCAAGGGAGUUCAUUUCGGUUUGGUGACAGGUGCUGAGGGCCAGCUGAGGGCUCCCAAGUGCCACCUAGAAGUCAGCAGAGGGCAGGAGCUCCAGCUGAGUGAGGCGGCCACGUGGCUUCUGGAUGACACUCAGAUUCGGGGAAAUGGCGAUUAUAAUUGGGUGGUUUUGUUAAUAUUUUUUAUCUUGACCUUGAUGUUCCAAAAGUCAUAGGAUAGAUGUAAAUCGAUAAAGUUGUUUGGCUGUGUUUUAGACAGCACCAGAAUAUAUUGUUCAGCACAGUAAAAUAUAUUUGAAAUUUGAUGAACCAAAAA